AUAACUUUGAAUCCACGCCAUUCUCACGACACCGCCUGCGGCGGCUAGAGAUUGAUUCUCAACGUUAAUCGUACCAUGUGCUACUUGCAGUCCUAUCUCUGAUAACACGAACGGCGUGUACCAGUACUGGCACUCCUUCUAACUUAGUGGUGAUUUCAUUGCGACAGACUCCAAACUCAGUCUGGGACAAUAUUAUACCGGUGUGACGGUGCGUGCUGGAAGAAGAAGUCCGCUGUGCUGGAGAAGGCCUCCCGGCUCGACUUUGCCGGCGAUAAUCAGUUGCCAGAGUGUUAAGACUCAAUAAAAGCAUUGUCAACAACUCUAAUAACGUCACACCAACCAUGUCUUCCACUUUCACUUAUCAGUUUGACACACCAACCUACAAGGGCACGUCAACGGUCCCCACUGGCCUAUUUAUCAAUGGAAAGUUUGUUGAUCCCGUCGAGAAAGGCACGAUCGAGGUCAUAAAUCCGGUCAACGGAAAAGUCAUAACCUCGGUCGCAGCUGGCACUGCUGCAGAUAUCGAGAUCGCUGCUCAAGCUGCAAAGAAGGCCUACAAAGAGCGCUGGGGCUUGAAGGUACCUGGUGCGCAAAGGGGCAGGAUGCUCAACAAACUUGCAGACCUCCUCGAAGCCAACGCCGACGAAUUCGCUGCCUUGGAGGCUUUGGACGUAGGCAAAGCCUUCAACAUGGCCCGGAGGUCUGACGUUCCUGGAACUGUCGCUGUCUUGAGGUAUUACGCGGGAUGGGCGGAUAAGAUUCAAGGGAAAACCAUCGAGACGAACGAAAAUAAGAUGGCUUAUACGCGUCACGAGCCCAUUGGAGUCGUGGGCGCGAUCAUUCCCUGGAAUUUCCCUCUCUCGAUGCUGUCGUGGAAGAUCGGCCCAGCUCUAGCAGCGGGAAACACCGUCAUCCUGAAACCAUCUGAGCUGACACCAUUGACGGCGCUUCGUCUCUGUCCCUUACUUGUUGAAGCGGGCUUCCCUGAUGGCGUCAUCAAUAUCGUAAACGGAUACGGUAGUACCGCAGGUCAGGCCCUCAGUGAAAACAAUAUCGUCGACAAAGUAGCCUUCACAGGCAGCACUCUUACUGGACGCAAGAUCAUGGAAACCGCGGCCAAGUCCAACCUGAAGAAGGUCUCUCUUGAGCUUGGCGGUAAGAGCCCCAGUGUUAUAUUCGACGAUGUAGACCUAGAGCAGACGGUGAAGUGGGUCGCGCACGGAAUAUUCAUGAAUCACGGGCAGGCGUGCACCGCAGGUUCUCGCAUAUUCGUUCAAGCUGGGAUAUACGACGAAUUUUUGAAGAGGUUCACUGCACAUGCCUUGUCCUUAAAAGUCGGCGACCCAUUUGCACGAGACACUUACCAAGGUCCACAAGUUUCGCAGACACAAUUUGAGCGGAUCAUGGGAUACAUCAAAUCUGGUAAAGAGGACGGCGCAACCGUCCAUGUCGGUGGAGAACGCCACGGAGACCAGGGUUACUUUAUUCAACCGACUAUUUUCACGGAAUGCAAACCGACCAUGAAGAUCGUGCAGGAAGAGAUAUUCGGUCCUGUAGCCGCGAUCAUCAAGUUCACCACGGAAGAGGAGGCCGUUGAACAGGCAAACGAUACUCUUUUUGGCCUUGCCUGCUCUGUCUUUACCAGAGACAUAGACAGAGCGAUUCGAGUCGCGCAUAGCAUCGAAGCUGGUACCGCAUGGAUCAAUUGUCAUAACGUUCCCGAAGUGAACGUGCCGUUCGGUGGUUUCAAACAGUCAGGCAUUGGGCGUGAGCUUGGCGAAUAUGCUUUGGAACACUAUACCAAUGUGAAGGCUGUUCACAUUAACAUCGGACACCGUCUCUGAAAAGUAGACAUUCGCCAUACUUUGCACCCCCUAUUCUCCCGUGAUAUACGUUAAAAAGCUUGCGAUGACACAGUGUAUCUCUCCUGCUAUUUUGAAUGUAACAUACCAUUGCGCCUCUUUAAAAUCUGCGGAUUUAAUUUUAGCAACUCGUUGUAAAUUUGUCAGGGUCUCCUUCAAGAAUCAUGUGUGUGUGCAGGGCGAUGGGGUACUAUCAUUGAAUGUGGUUGUCGUACUAGUCCUGACUACAUAAGUACUGUAGUUCCCCUCCACACGCACCUUUACGGUUUUCUUUCUUUAUUCCUCAGGGGCGUUUGUUCCACUUUAGGAAAGCACCACCGAAUUUGACGUACUA